AUGGGCGGCGGCGGCGAGGACCCAGACAACGCCGAUCCCAACGACGACAACGUAGUGGUAUCCGGCGAUGCCAGCGCGGCUGCUGCAGCCAGAGAGGCAGCCAAAAACACUGUCACGAGCGAGAAAGACAAGAAGGUCCCCAACGACAAGCGCACAACCACGCCAUACAUGACCAAGUACGAAAAGGCGCGUGUGCUCGGUACAAGAGCGCUCCAGAUCAGUGGAAACGCCCCGGUAUUGAUUGAUGUUGAGGGCAUGACGGAUCCUCUGCAGAUUGCUGCCAAGGAAUUGCAAGAGAAGAAGAUUCCGCUGGUUGUACGGAGAUAUCUGCCUGAUGGUUUCUACGAAGACUGGACUUGUGAAGAACUCUUGACAUAA